AUGGCCGACAAGCGCCGGCGCGCGGCCGUCGUCGGCGCGUCCCUCGGCGGCCUGUCGGCGGCGCAGGUGCUCCAGGACUCCGGCUUCGUUGUCACGGUCUUCGAGAAGCACGGCGCGCCCUUCAGCGACCGCGGCGGCGGGCUCUCGUGCAAUGUCCCCUACGACGCGAUCCGGCCCCGGGCGCCGCGCCCGCCGCCCUUCGAGAUGAACGCGCUGACGCGCGAGCACCCCGACGGCCCCGCGGCGCCGUGCAGCCAGCCCGCCGUCGCCUACGGUCGGCUCUGGGACUGGCUGCGCGACGGCGUCGCGGACCUGCGCCUCGGCGCCGCCGUCGCCGACGUUAAAGACGGGCCCGGCGGCGCGCACAUCGUCCUGGCGGGCGGCGCCGACCGCGGGCCCUACGAGCUCGUCGUCCUCGCGGACGGCGGCCGGUCGACGCUCCGGCGCCGCGUGGACGCGACGGCGACGCCGACCUACAGCGGCUUCUGCCUCUACCGCGGCCUCGCGCCCCUCGCCGCCCUCGGCGGCCGCGCGGACGGGACCUUCUUCCUCUGGCAGCACGGCGACACACGCCUCGACGGCUACGCCGUCGGCCCCGCGCUCAACUGGGGCGUCACGGCGCCCGCGCCGGAGCCCCCGCGAAGACCGAAGGGCGACGCGCCGCCGCACGCCUACGCUGGCGCCGGCGACGCCGACGUCGACGCCGCCGUCGCGCGCGCCGCGGCCGCGUUCCCGACGCCGUGGCCCGCGGCUGUGCCCGCGACCGUCGUCGCCGCGACGGCCGGCGGCGGCCGGCCCGUCGUGCGCCACCCGCUCUACCACCUCGCCGCCGCGCGGGCGAGCCGGGGCCGCCUCGCCCUCCUCGGCGACGCGGCGCACCUCUUCUCGCCGCUCGUCGGCAGCGGGCUGCGCGCGGCGAUGCUCGACGCCAUCGCGCUCAAGGCGUGCCUCGCGGCCGGCGGCGGUGACGUCGCGGCGGCGCUGGGCCGCUACGACGCGGCGACGCGGGCCCACCGCUUCGACUUCGCCGCGCGGUCCGCGCAGGCGCUCGCCGCGCUCCGCGCGGGCGCGCGCUUCCGCCUGCCGCUCGCGCGGCCCGUCGGCGGCGUCCGCGCGGCGUCGUUCUUCGACGCCGCGCGCGACGACCCGCCGGACGUCGACCUCGAGCCGGACACGACGGACGACGACGAGGACAGGAGGUAUAGAGCCCGCGUCAAGAAGCACCCGAACGACCUCGACCUGCCCAUAAUAGCACGCAUGUUCGAGGACGUGCUCGCUUGUUCGCACCGCGACGGAUAA